AUGACUUCGACAACGUCGACAUCCACGCGAGAUGUCCUUACUUCGAUCACUUCAAAUGGAGUUUUCUGUGCAAUUUUUGUGACUCUAUUCUUACUCUUGAGGUUACGUUUCAAAAGAGUUUAUGAACCUAAAUCACAUUGUGAUAUUCUACCUUCUGAGGAACGUCCUGAUCCUCUACCAAUAACACCAUUGUUCUGGUUGAAGGCUUUGAUCACCAUGAAGCCAUCGUUCAUGAUCAAGUAUUCUGGUGUUGAUGGUUACCUAUUUCUCAGAUAUUUAUGUAUAGUUUCAUCAUUUGGUCUUGGGGGGAUGUUGAUCUGGAUCAUUUUACUUCCAGUGAAUGCCACUGGAGGCAACCAUGAAACAGGGUUGAACCAACUUGGUAUUUCUAAUGUAGGGAAUGUCGGUAGGUACUAUGCACAUGUCUUUAUGUCCUGGAUCUACUAUGCUGCUAUAAUGUUUACUGUCUAUAGGGAGUUGCAUUUUUACACAAACUUGAGAUACUUGUUGUUGAGUACACCACAUUAUGCCAGGAAACUCAGUUCCAGGGUCGUUGUCUUCCAAACAAUCCCAGACCAGUACCUCAAUGAAAGAGAAUUCAAAAAGUUAUUUGAUGGUGUCAGGAAAAUCUGGGUUGCCAAGGUAUCUCCCGAAUUAUCCAAGAAGGUAUCUGAGAGAGAUGGGCUUGUUUCCAACUUAGAAAAUGCAUUGAAUAACAUAUUAAAGAAAUGUGUUAGUGUCAAGGCCAAGAAGGAAAAGAAAGGUGAACAUAUUGAACUCGAACAAGAAUUGGUUUCCUAUAUUCCACAGAAGAAGAUGCCAACGAUAAAAAAGCCUAAAAUCAUUGGUAAGAAGCACGAUUUGAUUGAAUAUUCAAAGGAAAGAAUUGCAGUAUUAAACAAAGAAAUUGAGGAAUUGCAAAAAGAUUCAAAUAACAAAAAGAUUAAGCCAUUAAACACCAUUGCAGUUGAAUUUGAAAAUCAAUAUUUUGCACAGCUGGCAUAUCAGACUAUUAUCCAUGACCAGCCAUUACACUUCGAUCCAAAGCAUAUUGGAGUUGAACCAGGAGAUAUUUUCUGGCCUAAUAUGAGAUACUAUUGGUGGGAAAAAUUGAGCAGAACGUCGGUUGCUGUUGCAGCAAUCAUAGCGUUGAUUAUCAUUUGGGCAAUUCCUGUUGCGUUUGUUGGUUUUAUCUCGAAUUUGACGUAUUUGACAAACAAAAUGCACUGGUUGAGAUUUAUCUACAAUUUGCCUAAGCAAUUGUUAGGUUUGAUAACGGCGUUGUUACCAUCUGUUAUGUUAUCUGUAUUGAUGAUGUUAUUACCUAUAUUUAUCAGAUCAAUGGCGAAGUUAAGUGGUUGUCUAACUGCACAAUCAAUUGAAUAUUUCACACAACAAGCGUAUUUUGCAUUUCAAGUUGUUCAGACAUUUUUGGUUGUUACGAUUGCAUCCUCCGUUUCAUCGGUUGUAACCCAAAUCAUUGAAAAUCCAACAUCCUCUUUAUCGUUGUUAUCCAGCAAUCUACCAAAAUCUUCCAAUUUCUUCAUCUCGUAUAUUAUCUUGAACGGCUUUUCUGUUUCCGGUACUAUAUUGUUUCAAUUAGUCACAUUUAUCCUGUUCUAUGCAUUUAGCUUUUUGGACAAAACUGCCAGACAAAAGUACAACAGAUAUGUUGGAUUGGGAGAGAUGGCAUGGGGUACGACGUAUCCUAUUUAUGAAGUUCUAGCAGUGAUUUCGAUUGUUUAUUCCAUAAUUUCGCCAAUCAUCCUAUUGUUUACCUUUGUUGCCUUUUUGUUGUUGUAUUUGGCAUACAUGAACACUUUGAACUAUAUCACUGGUAUCGGAACAGACAACAUGGGUAGAAACUAUCCAAGGGCAAUGUUCCAUUUGAUGGUUGGUAUCUAUUUGGGGGAGAUUUGUUUGAUUGGUAUAUUUGCCGUUUCCAAAUCGUGGGGAUGUAUUGUAUUGGAAGUUAUAUUUGCAUGUGCUACAGUGUUAUUCCACGUCCAAAUGAAUGUUGCCUUUGAUAAGCUGAUGACCGUCUUGCCAAAUACUUGCAUGAGGCCUUUGGAUGGGGAGAGUGAGACUUUGUCAUGGAAAAACACAGAUGCCAAAGUCCUAGGUAACGAUGGUGGUGAUGGUAAGGAGUCACCAUUUGAAGAUGAAGAGGAAAUGAAGCAGCGGUUGAUUGAAGAGCCGUUGAUUAUUGAGGGUGACCGGAGUGACAUAUAUCGUCCAAACAUUGUUCUAAGGUAUCUACAACCUUGGAAGUACCUAACGUAUCAUGAUUUGAAGGAAUACAUUCCGCCAAUGUAUUGGGAAUAUCCAGCUGAUGAUGGCUAUGGUGCCGGACACGAUGCGGACUAUUCAUGUCCGGAUCUGAGUGCCAAGGCAGCAGUUGUAUGGAUUCCAAGGGAUCCGAUGGGGCUGUCUAAGCAGUUUAUUGAGGAAUUUGAAGGAAUUGUUGAGAUGUCUGACGAGAAUGCCGAGUUUGAUCAAAACAACAAGAUUGUCUUUACGGGGGAGCCGCCACAAAGUGGGUUGAAGAUAUACCGAGAGGAUGACAAGAGCGGGAACAACGACUACUUCCAUGACGAAUCGAGAGAUUCCAAGGAUUUUCUCUGA